AUGGGGCGUUCCGCCUUGGCCGUGGCCCUCGCGGGGGCCCUGGUGGGUUCGGGGGCGCUGGGCCAGCUCUCGCAGGGCCUGGGGGGGGCCCCCCUGGGGGCCCCCGGGGGCCCCCGAGGCAUGGAGUGCUUCGAAUACGGCUAUGACUACUUCGGCUGGGACCUCCAGGAGGUGGGGGGAGUGGCCUCCCCCAGCGCUUGCAUGCAGGAGUGUCAGAGUUUGAAGGGCUGCGGGUUUUGGAGUUACAACAGUUUCACUCGGAGUUGUUUCUUGAAGUCCGUGGGGGCCCUUGUGGAGCGGCGAGCGGCCCCGGGGGUGGUGUCGGGGCCGCGGCAGUGCGGCUUCAGGUGCAGCAGCAGCAGCAGCAGCAGCAGCAGCAGCAGCUGCUUCGAAGUGGGCGUGGACUACCCGGGCCACGACGUGGAGAAGGUGGAAGGCCGCCUUGUAAUGAACCCUCUGGACUGCCAGAGGCUCUGUGCUGGCCGCCCCGACUGUGCCUUUUUUAGUUGGAAGUUUUCAACUCGAGCUUGUUAUUUGAAGGCCUCAGCAGCCCCUUUGGCGCGGCGGGAGGACCCCGACGUGACCUCGGGGCCCCGCGCAUGCAGGGGCCCCUCGGGGGGCCCCCCCAGCGCGGCGGACUACCCCGUGGCCUUCGACCCGCGGGGGGCCCCCCCCCCCUGCGUCCAGCCCGCCACGGACUACCGGGGGGCCCCCCUCAAGACCCUCAGGGCCCGCUCUGCUGCUGCUUGCUUCAUGCACUGCAGGGGCCUCCCCCACUGCGGGCUUUGGACUUGGAGUUCUUCUUCGCACCUCUGCAGCCUCCGCGCAGCCCCAGACCCCGCACUCAAAGUCCAGGGCCAACACACCCUCGACAAAGUCUCCGCCACACGCGACUGCGUCCCAGUCCUCCCAGGGUGCCAGUUCGCGAACGUGGGUGUGGUGGGUGCGAGUCUGACUACGCGUUCUGCUGCUGCCUUCGACGCCUGCCAAAUGCACUGCGCCUCCUACUCCGGCUGCAGCCACUUCUCCUUCCACCUCGACUCUGGAGAAUGCACUCUUUGGUCUUCCUUCAACACUUAUUCCUCCGGCUCCUCCACCCAAGGCCUCGUCUCCGGGCCCGCCUUCUGCGACUCCGAGGAGAUCUGCUUCGAGCAGUCGGACUACGUGGGCCACAACGUCGAGGAAGACGAAAGCGGCGAAGUUGCUUCUGCUGCUGCUUGCCAACUCCGCUGCAGAGAAAACCCCGACUGCCACUUCUGGACUUGGCUGCGCAGCAGCAAAAGCUGCUACUUGAAGGACUCGCGCGCGCUGCUCGGCCGCACCAACGACGCCUCUUCCCUCGGCAGGUUCUCCGGGCCCAAGUGGUGCACCGUCAGCUACGGGUGCAUCUACGCAAACGCGGUGUACAGCGGAACUGCGCUGCAAAGCCUGGAAGCCGAAGACUACGCGAGCUGCGGGGCCAGCUGUGGGGCCAAUCCGUUUUGCUCGGCCUGGACUUUCCACCCGGACUUGAGUCUUUGUUCUCUUUUUUCCGGCUCCGUCGCUCUUUCCAAAAAGCCAGUCCGCGGGGCCCUCUCUGCCGAAAAAGACUGCCUCAAGGAAAGCCAGGAAGAGACCAGCUGCUUCGAACAGGGCAUCCAGUACGCCCUCGACAAGGUCGUCAAGAUUGGAGAGGCGUCUUCGGCGUUUGAGUGCUACCUGCAGUGCCAGCAGGAGUCGAGCUGCAGCCGGUGGACUCUGAAGAACGGGGAGAGCUGCGUGCUGCUGGGCGACAGCAGCAGCAGCAGCAGCAGCAGCAGCAGCAGCAGCAUGGUGUUUGACCCGCUGAGCGUGUCGGGGCCCCGCGUCUGCGGCGGCCAAGUGCCCCUCGCCCGCGCCGUCAGCAGCAGGGGGGCCCCCCUGGCCUCGGCCACAGUCUUUUCGCCGCAGGGCUGUUUGCAGCGCUGCAUGCAAACCCCCCAGUGCGAGAACUGGAGUUUCUUGUUGGGGGCCCCCACGAACUGUUUGCUGUUCGACAAAAGUGCCACUUUCGAGCCAGGAAGUGCCAUUUCGGGCACUCUUCCGCGGGCUUUUCUGGCCUCUGCAUGCAGUUUCGAAAAUGCUCAAGUUUUGGGAACUGCAGCAGCAGCAGCAGCAGCAGAGUGCGCAGCAGACUGCCGCGCGCACCCGCGCUGCAGGGCCUGGACUGCGCAGCUGCGGCGGGGGGCCCCCCAGGGGGGCCCCCCGGGGGCCCCCGCGACGCAGGGGGGGGCCCCCAGCAGCCAGUCCGGGGGCCCCCAGGGGCCCCAAAACUUCGUCGCAUGCAGCUUCUUCGACGACGACAGCAGCCCCGUGGCUGUGCCCAGCCCCGACAGCUUCUGUGGCACUGCACUGGACCCCGAAAGCCUCAAGUUGGAAACUUCUUUGAAGUUCGACUCUGCUGCUGCAGUCUUCAGCGAGUUGCUGCCGCUGGCGGAGUGUGCGGGGGCUUGUGCGCGCAGCGCGGACUGCGGGGCGUGGGUGUUUGAGUUGGGGGGCAGCUGCACGGGGCUGGCAGCAGCAGCAGCAGCAGCAGCGGAGCAGCAGCAGCAGCAGGGCGCUGCUGCGGGCUUCGUGCCCGCCGCGCCUCCCGCCAUCUACUUCCACACUGCCUUCACUGCGGCGCCCGCACUCGCUGCUGCUGCUGCUGCUGCUGCUGCUGCUGCUGCUGCGCAGGCCAGGCCGCAGACGCAGCCCCUCAACGGCUUCCGCAGGCUCAUGGCCACAGGCGCCACCGCCAACGCCGCAGCCCCUGCUGCUGCUGCUGCUGCUGCUGCUGCUGCUGGCAGCUCCACCACCACUGCGCAGGACUACAACGAAUGCUCCAAAGCUUGCAGCAGCGACCCUGCAUGCACUUCCUGGACCUUCAAGGCUUCUGCAUGCACUCUCUUCACCUUCGCAGGGGCCCCCGUCUACGACCCCGAAGCCAUUUCCGGGCUCAGGUCCACGCCCCAGCUUCCUUGGAAUUUCCAGCUGGGCGUGAAGUACACAGCUGAGCCUGUGGCGACGUGGCCCGCGACUGCGGUUCCCGCUGCUGCUGCUGCUGCGGGCGCUGCUGCUGCUGCUGCUGCUGCCAGCAGCGGCGAGGCCGCAGGGGCCCCCGGGGCCCCCCAGGAGGAGCCCCGAACCGCGCUGGAGUGCGCAGCAAAGGCCGCCAGCGGGCAGUGCUGGAGCUUCCGGGGCCCCCAGUUCGGGGGGGCCCCCCUCUGCAGCAUUUUCGCAGACUGUGCUGCAGUGGAAGCUGCUGAAGGCUUCGUUUCGGGGCAAGCUGGGGGGCCCCCCGCGGAGCCCGAAGACCCCAACGGCGACAAAGAAGAAGAAGAACUCGGAGACCAAGAACAGGGCCAAACUGGCCAAGACCAGAGUGGUCAAACUGGUCAAAAUGGUCAAGACCAGAGUGGUCAGAGUGGUCAGAGUGGUCAGAGUGGUCAAGACCAGAGUGGUCAGAGUGGUCAGAGUGGUCAAGACCAGAGUGGCCAGAGUGGUCAGAGUGGUCAAGACCAGAGUGGUCAGACUGCUUGA